GCUGUAAUCUAAAGAAGAAGACUGAUGAUGUGCGAAGUCAUGCCAGUUCAACCGGAGCCCGACGACAACCAUAGGCACCAUACACAAGUGGAAGAGCUUCGCCAGCAAGUGGAGCAACUGAACAGUCAGAAUCGUGAGCUCAAGCAACUUAUCCAUAAGCUCCGAGAAGAAAAUGCCGAACUUUUGCGUAAAGCUUCGGUAGCACAAAUGGAGGGCACAGCUAAUACUGGUGCACCCCCACCACCACCGCCACCUCCUGUUGGGCUCAUAUCGCCUCCCUUGGCGCAGAUUAUAAAGCAACGACGCAGUGGCCCCAAAAAACCAAAUGGGGAAAUUAAAAAAGACGAAAACGACUCAAAACAAGGUCAGCUGAUUAUGGAAGUUGUAAACUUUUUGAAGAAUGGAGGUCUGACGAAAUCAAAAAGGCAACGUUCAAUGACUCAACCUGAUUUAAGUGCAGACUUAGCUAGGUUUAAAGAAAAUAAGUUAGAAAAAAAGUUAGAGACAAAAGAUGCGGCAGUUGACAGGUUCAGGUCUCUUAAAAAGCACACAGAAAGAGGAGAAAGUCUCACUAAGGAAGUCGAUGCAUUAAACACGUCGUUCAAGGAAAAUGUGUUCCCAUUAGACGCUGCAUUGCCUACACCUACCUUCAACCGGCUAGGAUCAUACUCAAAAAAAAAUCUGCCUGAACUCAACAAUCAAUCGUCAGCUCAGGGACAAGCAGAAAAGAACAACUGUUCGGUAUUAGAUACACGAUAUGGACUCAAAUCAUCAUUAAGGGAUGAGCCCGCUGAAAUGGGAUCAUGUACACUGACUAAAGCCGGCACACUUGCAACUUCAAAUUUUGAUUCGCCAAGCGAAUUUUUUCGUACUUCACGGCGGAACUCGAUUCAUCAAAGCUAUUCAGCUAACAAUUAUGUUACGGAGAACUCCAACAAUCUUGCAGGCUUUGUUGAGGUGCAGGAAGCACAUAUCACAUUCGAGAAAAAUCGAUCAUCGCUAAACUCCGACAUCAAUAUGCGAGCCCCUUCUCGUUCGAGUAGGAUCGCGAGCAGCUUCCUUUCCGAAGCUGAACAUCGAGACGAAGAGGUUCGCGCUGCGGAAAUGUCAGCAUGUUCGAGUCCUAAGAUUAUUGUCACACCCGCUGAUGACAUAACAAACCCGACAGAUGCUAUUUUUAGAACAAAUGAUACCUUCAUCGCGAACGAAGUUUCAAAGUCAGUCAACUCGCAACCAGAAGAAGGAACUCAACAAAACCGUGUUGUCUCUAUGCUUCCCCUAAACGAAUCACAAAAGCUCGUGACCGGCAACAACUUAAGACUUCCACCAGCCACUGCAGAGAGUACGUCGCCGCGUUCUACUAAGGAUAAACAGCGAUUUUGGGAACAGGCUGUUACUAUCAGCUUAGGGACGUUGAAGAACGGCACCAGUGUGAAGAGCGCUUCUUCUGAAAGCCGAAGUCCAACGCUCGAGAAGUUUCGGGACGUUGCCCGAACGACCGGGACGCGUAGUGGUGAUGUUAAAUUGAACACGACGUGUAGCCAAUCGAAAAAUGGCCGACUGAUCACAUUAGCUUCUUCAUCCGGAGCAAUGAAAACCAGCCGUUCCUCUGCAUCGCAACCUAAUUCAGCGACGUCAUUCAAUGCGUCGGCUCCGUCCGUAGGAAUUUCCAGACGAGCGGCCGCCAACAUGAACAAGUUUCGAACUUAAUACAUAAUGCUCUCGACUAUAAAAGGCAUUGCCGCGACAGACAAAAUUUCUUAAGUUCCUAGAAAUGUACAGUUAUCGAAAGCUUUAUAGGGCAUAUGCAAUGCAUAGCAGAUUUAGACCUGUCAAACUAGUAAACGGUAUAGAUAUGUUGUUUUUCUAUCAUGAUCACAUAUUGUGGAUUCAGUUGACAUUAUUUGGUAAAGAUAAGAUUAAGUUAUUAAGCCUUGUGCGAUAGCUCCCUCCACCCGAAACGCUUUAAUUAUUAUCUUAAACGCUUCACUGUCCAUAUGUUGUACGAAACACCACAUGAAUAGUCAACAAUUUGUAAUUUAUACUGUAAACUAUGUGCUAACACAGCUCGUAUAUACGCAGCAAAGGCAAGACCGUGGCUUAACAUAUUUUCGUCAUACAUAAGCAUUUAUAUAAUGACAAAAGCCCAGCUAUGAAUUGUUCGCACAAAACUUCGCUGAUUAGUUAUCUAUCUUAAGUAAUAUGCCUAAACGUAAAGAUUUAUACAUGCAUGUACAAACGAUAAAUCAUGAGAGUGCGUUACUAAGAAUACCGUUUAAGCACAUAUCGGCGACUAACAAGUCCUAGCAAUUAUACGAGCUACUCAAAUAACUACUUUUUCAUUUUUAAUCUCAAGUAAUCGAACGUUUCGGGUUCACUAACAUUUAGGAGAGUAAGUAAAGUCAUGCCACCGUAGUAGGUCGAAAUGCUUACUACCUAAUAAAUAAUAAUACCGUAAGCAACAGGUGGGUUCGUCUUCUUAAAUCUGUUAAGUAACACAACUGUGAAAAUCGUGCAUCAUUUUCCUGCGAUCAAAAUAAAUUGCGUGUGUUGUUAAUAGUAACAGUUUUCAUGUUUAUAGCGAUAGUUACACAUAUACCUAUUCCGCGUCAUUCCACUAAGUGUUAGUUGUAAUUAAAUGUAAGUAAAACUUUAUUGACACAUGUUUUAUAUUUAUACUCGUGCCAACAAGCAUAUAUAUGAAACAUGUGUCAAUAAUAUAUAUACAUAUAUAUAUAGGUACAUACAUAUAUAUACCUACAAUAGAAGAAGAAACCCGCUUUUGUAGGUUACCAU